AGUUAAAUUAGCGCAGAAUAGUCAUCAACGGCUUAGUCAUUUCGGGCUGUGGCUGGUGUGGUGACGCUAGUAAUCUCCUAUCUUGCUACACAACCCCAUAUAUCCCAUCAUCUCUCUUCAUUGCAUCUCCUCAAUACUCGCAAUACCAUGUCCGAUACACAGAAGAAGGGUCAAUUUGAGCCCAAGGAGCCUGUCCAACUGGCUCCACCCAAAGAUGACCCAAUCACUUUGGAGUACCUCGCCAAAUGUGAUGGCACAAAUGAGGGGUAUCCCACAUAUGUUGCUAUCAAGGGGACUGUGUUUGACGUUAGCGGCAAAGAUACAUAUGCCCCGGGAAAGUCGUACCACGUGUUUGCGGGGAAAGAGCCGAACAGGGCACUGGCCCUCUCGUCUCUGAAAGAAGAAGAUGCACAGCGCUCGGACUACGAUGAUCUACCUGACGAUAAGAAGAAAGUGCUCGACGAUUGGUAUACCUUCUUUUCGAAAAGGUAUAACCAAGUCGGCAAGGUUCAACGCAGCUCAAGCCUAUAGAAAACUCAAGUACAAUCGGAAAUCAGCCAUUACCACAAAUCCGGAGGCAUCGUUCCAUCGGCACUCCGGGAGUCGAGGAUUGUGGUAUGAGUCGAUGGGAGCAAGCGUAACUACAG